AUGAGCAGCCUGAAAGAAAGACUUUUAAAGCUCUUUGGCUGUUUUACGGCAAAAGAGAAUGAUGAACCAGAACCGAUUAAAAGAGGAGAAAUAUCAGAAUCGUGGUCGCAUUGGAGAAUAAUCAUCAUCGACAAAAACGGAGAAAAGGAAGCUGAUCCUAAUCUGUACACUCGGCUCGGAAGGGUCAAAAUCAAGUUCAAGCAAGAAUGUUUCAGCGUUUCUACAAUUCUAAACUCGAUUUUCAACAUAAACAAUGUCUCAAAAGAUAGAGAAAUCAAAGCAAAGCUGAUUUCUAUCCUUUUUUCAUCUGUGAUGAUAGAAACGAAAGAGUGCAUUAUGCGAUCGAAUCCGAAAGUAAUUUCCAAUAGCGAGAGGAUCGCUUUCAUCAAAAAUCCUCCGAAAAUCAAGUGGCUGAAAGAAAAUCGCGAGGAAUUCGACCUAGAGGAAGCUAUUAACAAUUUCUUCCAGAGAGAAGAAGACAAUUUAGGUUCAACUGACGCUAGACUAUUUCCUGACCAAGAAAACACUUUCUUCUUUCAAAUUCUGUAA